AAGUCUUCCUGGGUCCUCCCCCCUCUGGAAUGCAGCAUGUGUUUUAUAUAUUUCCUGCAGAGUGGUUGUCGGUUGCAUAAGACAUCUGUGCAUGGUGGAGGUGGAGCUUUGCCAUGUGCGUCGUGCGUAAGAAAAGAUUCCUGCUGCUCUACGGGACGCAGAAGGGACAGUCGCAGGCUAUCGCUGAGGAAAUUGGCCAGCAGGCAGAGCAUCACGGCUUCGUCGCCGACAUUGUCUCCUUAGAAGAUCUGGAUAAGUUCUCCUUGGAGGAGGAGAAGGACCCUGUGGUCAUCGUGAUCUCCACCACCGGAAAUGGAGAACCCCCGGAGCCUGCAGCGAAAUUUGUAAGAGGAAUUCAAUACAAAGAGCUGCCAGCUGACUACUUGGCGCAUCUACGAUACGGAAUAUUGGCCCUCGGCGACUCUGAAUUUACCUUCUUUUGCAACGGUGGAAAAAUUGUGGAUCGAAGGCUUCAAGAACUGGGAGCAAAACACUUCUAUGACACCGGAUGCGCCGAUGAUUCUAUCGGCCUGGAGCUGGUUGCGGACCCUUGGAUAGAAGGACUUUGGGCCGCGCUAAAUAGAGAGUUCAUGAAGAGGCCGGACAAUCCGCAGAAGACUGAGGAGAUGAAGAGUACGGUCUGUGAUCAGAAUGUGCAAAAUGUUCCCGAAAAUCUGGACUUGCGGAUGAAGGAGAUAAACCUGAACGUCUCACCGACACCGAGUACAACAUUGCCGAAAGAUGAUGCAUCCGAUACGUCUACAGAAGCUGCACCGUCGCUCGUCCACUCGUUGCCUCCUCUCUGCCAGUGCGCCCUCACUGUGCCCAGCCUGCCCAUCCCGUACCUGGAUGUACAGAUUCUAGACUGUGAUGGGAAGGAAGCCGACCCCUCCUCACUUUAUCCGGGAGAAACCGUUUUCAGAGUUCCAAUCACUCAGGCGAAGCGUCUGACUGCAGAGGGCGCUGUGAAGACCGCUUUGAUGCUGGAGCUGGACAUAGCGCAUACAGAUGUGGCCUUCCAGCCAGGUGACGCCUUCUGCGUUAUUUGCCCAAAUCCCCCUGAAGAGGUGAACGAUCUCCUUAAUAAAUUUGAAUUGGCCGAGAAGAGGAAAUGUCAGGUCUGCUUGGCUGUUAAAUCUGGAACAAAGAAAAGAGGCGCCUCCAUCCCGGAUUAUAUUCCAGAGAAAUGUUCUGUGGAGUUUAUGCUGACGUGGUGCCUCGAAAUAAGAGCGACCCCCAAGAAGGCCAUGAUCCGAGCUUUGGUUGAGCACACUUCUGAUGCCGGGGAACGGCGAAGGCUCCAAGAAUUGUGUAGCAAGCAAGGUGGAUCGGAUUAUAACCACUUCGUCCGGGAUCUCUCAGUUGGCAUCCUAGACCUCCUCAACGCCUUUCCAAGCUGCAGGCCUCCAAUAGCGUUACUGAUAGAACAUCUUCCUAAGCUACAGGCCCGACCGUACUCUGCUGCCAGCUCCAGCCUAUUUCAUCCUGGAAAACUGCAUUUUGUUUUCAACAUUGUGGAGUUUGCACCGUGCGGAGAAAGACCGGUGCCCAGAAGAGGAGUGUGCACUGGCUGGCUCGCCAAGCUAACUACAAUGCAGCAUUCCAGCGAGGACCCCAUCACACCUCAGAUCUGCAUUUUCAGUCGACCGUCGUCCUCUUUCCAUUUGCCCUCUGAUACAACCGUCCCUAUUGUGAUGGUGGGGCCAGGAACUGGAGUUGCACCGUUUAUUGGAUUUUUACAGCACAGAGAGAAACUUCGGCAGCAGAACGAGGACGGGCGGUUUGGAGAGUCCUGGCUGUUCUUCGGUUGUCGCAGUCAUGAGAAAGAUUAUCUGUUUCGGGAGGAACUAAGCGGUUUUGUUCAAAAUGGCACUCUAACCCAUCUAAAGGUCAGCUUCUCAAGAGAGGCCCCCGGCGUUACAGGGGAGAAUCACCCGAAAUACGUUCAGGACUAUCUGAAGAUUUAUUCCAAAGAAAUGGUUCAAUUACUGACUGAAUCAAAUGGAAUCCUUUAUGUGUGCGGAGAUGCUAAAAAUAUGGCCAGAGACGUCAACGAUACAUUAACGAACAUUAUAAGUGCGGAGCUUUGUGUGGACAAACUGGAAGCGAUGAAGACGCUGGCCUCGCUAAGAGAUCAGAAGCGAUAUGUACAGGACGUUUGGUGCUGAGGAGCCAUUUACUGCCUUAUUGUUACUGUUCUGUAUGGGUCGUGCUGGCCUUGUGACAUGGCAGAAUAUGCCACUUGGAUUGCAUAUGGAUCUUAUUGUCAGGACGGUUCACUGCAAGCCUAUCUCACAGGGUUCAAGGACUGUCCAUUAAAGGCGAAUUCACACUAAGGGGUGUAUUUUAUUUAUAUAUAUAUAUAUAUAUAUAUAUAU